GGGUAUAUAAGAUUCGAUCCUGCUGAACUUAGCGCUCUCUUUUUUGUUGUUCUUCGCAUUCUCUGUAACUAUUGCCGGAUUAUAGGGGCUAAGAAUUUGGAAUUUAGUUUAUCGCAUAAUUUUGCUUUGUCAACAACACGCGCAUUAAACACCAAACAAGAAGACAGCGAUAACAAUUUGCUAUGGCAGAGGGGAAAUUAGACGCAAUAAUAUUCGGGGCCACUGGUUACACGGGUCAAGUGGCUGUCGAACAUGCCUUAGAGCUUCUCAAAGGCUUCAAGUGGGGCAUUGCAGGUAGAAAUCAGCCAAAACUUAAAGACGUCUUAUUGAAAGUUGGCAGACAAACUGGAAUGGAUUUAAGUCAUAUACCCAUCAUAUUAGCUGAUGUCAAUGAUCAAAAGUCCAUCGAAUCUAUGGCUAGAAAGGGCAAGGUUAUUGUAAAUUGCUGUGGUCCUUAUCAAAUCUAUGGUGAUGUUGUUGUCAAGGCAUGCAUUAACGCUGGAACGCAUCAUGUGGAUAUAAGUGGUGAACCCCAAUUCUUCCUUGGAAUGCAGCAUAAAUAUGAUGACUUGGCUAGAGAGAAAGGAUCCUAUGUGAUAUCGACAUGUGCCUUUGAAAGCAUUCCUUCUGAAUUAGGAGUUUUAUAUGCCGAGAAGAAUUUUCCAGGCACUGUUAAUUCUGUGGAGCUUUAUUGGGAAAGUAAAUUUAAGUUGCCGGACAAAUCUUCAAACGCUUUCUUAAACGUUGGUACUUGGAAAAGUGCUAUCCAUUGCAUGCAGCAUGCCCUAGAAAUAUUGAAACUGGAAAAGAAAGUCAAUAAAGAAAAACUUCCGAAGUUAACUCCAAAGUUAUGGAUGAAACCAUACUCUCACAAACCUGAGGGUUUGAAUGGCUACUUUGCUCCUUUCCCAGUUGCUGAUCGAUUUGUCGUUCAGAGGUCGCAACGCUUGGCCUAUGCGCAUGAAAAGAAGAGGCCCAUUCAAUUUGAAAUGUAUAUUGGCUUUGGGUGGAUGAUAUUGGCCCUUUUGUAUCCAUUAGUUUUAAUAACCUUAACAAUACUGGCUCAAAUCGGAUUUAUACGCAAAUUGAUGAUAAAAUAUCCCCACAUCUUUACCGGAGGUAUAGUCAGUAACCAAGGCCCACAGGAAGCAAAUAGAAAGGCAGCUGAAUUUAAACACACCCUAAAAGUUAAGGGCUGGUCCAAGGGCACCUCUGAAACGGAGGCUCCCAAUAAGGAGGCAUUAUUUCGAGUGUCAGGAAAAGAUCCUGCUUACAGUCUAACAGCCACCUGCGUAUUGCUGUGUGCCAAGGUUAUUCUAAAGGAAAGCCAUGUUAUGCCUGGAAGAGGCGGAGUUUUGCCCCCUGGUUUUGCUUUUGCUAAAACCCAUUUAAUCGAUGAGAUUAGCCGUGCCAAAUGGGGUCUUAAAUUUGAAGUAUUAAAAUAGAAAGUUUUUAAUAACAUAAUAUUUUAUAAU